AUUUUUAGAGUGUAGUGAAUAAUGUGGCAUUCCUCUCUAAGGACAAUUCGGUCUUAGUUGGAAAAGUGAUCCGUUUUCAAAGACCGGAGAUCCAUGACCCAAAACCAUUAUUAGUGAACUCUGUCCUUAGCUCAGGACUGAACAAUACACCUUGUUUGGACAGGUGAUCUUAUUCCUAAUGUGAAGAAAGCUCUGAGUGAGAUAACAGGCUUAGACGUCUUUAGAAACAAAGGCGAUGGAUUUUAAUCUGACAGCAGAAUUCCCAGUUGAUGCCACACAUUAUCCAUUUCAUAGGGAAAAACGCUUUCGCCAAAGACGAGCAUGCUGAUUAUAAAAACUCAUCAAAGCCUUUCCUGAAGGAUUUUUUUUUUUUUUCAUUUAGUCAUGUUGUAUCGCAAAUGAAUGUCAUACAAACACCCAAAUGCUGCAAAUGGACUUGUAAAUGGAUGUCAAUUAUAUGGGCCAAUUAGUGUGAUGUGUUUACUGUGUAAACAGAGGCUGUUUAUUUGCUCUCUCUGCAGAUUUCAACCAAAGCUCUGUUUGUAUUGGGUUUUCUUACUGAAUGUUUCUCAGCUGUGGACCUUUUGAUUCUCCCUUAAUGAUUUAAUAUCCAUCUGUUAAAUCUAAACCUCGUACGCGACUACACAGACAGCAAAGAUAGAGUGUCAAACAGGUCUCGCUGGCGGUUGUACGUGUCUUUGGAAGUGUUUGCAGCUCAGGAAUGGUGCUUUCCCCCCAUUUUCUCACCACACUCCAAUUCCAAAUGUCUUCUUUGUCAUAUUAAUAAGCGAACUCAGAAGCUGAAGAGUGCCCAAACUUGUCUAUGGAAUACUUCAGAAUGACAGGUCUUUCCAUAUACUCCUCCCUGAAUGGAACUGAGGGUUAUUACUCAUUUACUCCUUCAGCCAAGGUGUGGAUUUGGAGGCAUUAGGUGUCACUGUGGAUGUCUCCUGAAGAGUGAUGCUGAAGAAACCUCUCUUUAAUGAAGCAUGGAAUCAACGGUGCCCCAUGAUUGGGUGCUUUCCUGCAAACCCGGCCCUGUUUUACUAGAAUUAGUAGUCAUAGGUGAGUCAUGUGACUCAGGGAGAGGGUGGGACUCGCACCUGAAUCAGCUGAGAAAAGUAGCCUUGACUCUGGAGCUAUGAAGGUCUUCUAAGAAGUUCUCUUCCAACUGGAUCUCUAGUUUGUUCUUCUGCAACCCUCCAAGGCUUAUAAAGUUGACCGUUCAUCAUAGCCUACAUUAGACCGUCUAUUUCUGGAAUUCUCUCUGGACCAGAAGGACCUUCCUGAACCUGGGCCAUGUUUGGCACUGGGCAUUUGGUGUCUCCUCUGUCUUCUGCAGUCUUCCACUCUUCGGCUGCACACUUCUUCCCAGCGUUCCCCAGUAGGUUGAGCUCUCCGCAGAUCCUCAUCCCCGGGCCUCUGCUGAGCUACGAGCUGCUGCGCAGUUACUUGCAGCCUGAACCUUGCAAACAGGCUCUGCUAUUGGCCGCUCAGUCUGCUGGACACCAUGCUGAAAAUAUCGAUGAACCCCGGCCAGUGAAGCAGCGGCGAGCUCGGGCCAACUACAGCAGCUGGCAGCUGGAGGAGCUGGAGAAGGCCUUCGAGAGCACUCACUAUCCAGACGUCUUCAUGAGAGAAGCCCUGGCCCUCAGACUGGACCUGAUUGAGGCCAGAGUGCAGGUGUGGUUCCAAAACCGCAGGGCUAAAAUGCGCAGACAAAUGAAGCUUCAAAGCCAGGCUGGGGAACAGUGCGGCCAGCACGACAGUGACGACAGACAGACCGAGGAGUCGUCCAGCAGGAGCACAGCUCCUGAACUCCACAACAGCAUCAGCCCAUGCUGGGACAGGAAACAGGACAGAGGAAGCCCCACUUGGCCCAAACCCUCCUCAUCAGUUAUUCACAGCCCCAUGAGGGAUCAGGACGGGUCAGAGGUGUCCAGUGCGGAGGACUUCCGCUGUUGUAGCAUUGCCAAACUGAGGGCGAAGGCCAGGGACUAUGAAGCAGAGAUCCACAGCACUGUGGUCAAGGCCAGCAGAGAGAGGCAGAUGAAGACACAGCUCGUGAACAAGAGAAACUAUAGGAGGAAACAUUUGGUGAUCUCAUCGAUGGCCAUCUCUGCUGUCAGCUAUCCUGUUACCCUGUGAGGAAACACAGGAUGCCUGCAAGCUGCCACAAGCCCUCCAUAAACACAAUGGGGACGACUGAAAAAUACCUGCCUUUUCUAACAAAUGCUUUUUAAAGAUUGGAACACACUUUUUUAUGUAUGAAGCAACAAAAUAUGCCAUGGUACUCACAUGGUGAACCUUAAAAGGCCUUUAAUAAAUUGGAUUUAACCAUUAAAACUUUACUUUAAAGUCAAUUAUGCAUUUCGGCUUAACCCUCAU